UAAGAGCCCGGCCCACAAUGUCCUUUCUUGUUUUCGUUCAAUCAAUUUGCCGCGGAUAAAGCAACACUAAAUUCCUGCUCCAAAUUCUGCAAUUUUAUAUACUCAAAGGCCGUCGAGUUUAGCAGGAGCUGUCGCCGCAACUUUCUUCCCCAUCCUUGUACCUCAAGGAGCAGGCUGUGAUCUGAAUGGAGGGAAGAUGAAAUUUACAAGGCAUUCUUCAAUAGCUUCAGCAAUUCCUGUUCAUGCUAUUUCUCGCAAACACCAUUGCAGAUCUCCAUCUAGCAUAUUUCACCGAAAUUUGACUAAACCAAGGAGAAUAUCUGCUUAUGGUCAAAAGCAUCAACUGAGUACAAAAGCUGAGAUGGGUGCUGAACAUUAUCUUCCUCCUUGGUUUAGCGUUGCUCCUAUGAUGGACUGGACUGAUAAUCAUUACAGGACUCUAGCUCGAAUGAUAUCAAAACAUGCAUGGCUCUACACAGAAAUGCUUGCAGCUGAAACGAUUGUGUAUCAGGAGGGUAAUCUGGACAGAUUCCUGGCAUACUCUCCAGAGCAACAUCCUAUCGUUCUCCAAAUUGGUGGGAGUAAUUUGGAAAACCUGGCAAAAGCAACUACACUUGCGAAUCCUUACCGCUAUGAUGAGAUCAAUUUUAAUUGUGGAUGUCCAAGUCCAAAAGUUGCUGGACAUGGAUGCUUUGGUGUUCGUCUAAUGCUUGAUCCAAAGUUUGUUGCUGAGGCCAUGUCUGUGAUUGCUGCCAAUACAGAUGUCCCUGUCAGUGUUAAAUGUCGAAUUGGUGUCGAUAAUCAUGACUCCUAUAAUGAGCUCUGUGAUUUUAUUUACAAGGUUUCUUCUCUAUCACCAACCAGGCAUUUCAUAAUACAUUCACGAAAGGCACUUCUCAAUGGCAUAAGUCCAGCUGAAAAUCGAAGUAUUCCGCCUCUUAAAUAUGAGUAUUUUUAUGGCCUUCUACGUGACUUUCCAGACUUGAGAUUUACAAUAAACGGGGGCAUAAACAGUAUUGAUGAGGUUCAUGCAGCUAGAAGGGCAGGAGCUCAUGGUGUAAUGGUUGGGCGUGCUGCAUAUAAUAACCCUUGGCGGAUUUUGGGACAUGUUGAUGCUGCAAUUUAUGGUGCACCAAGGAGUGGUGUUACACGGCGUGAGAUCCUUGAGAAAUAUCAAGUGUAUGGGGAUGCCAUGUUGGGAAAAUAUGGACACAAACCAAAUGUCCGGGAUAUUAUAAAGCCUUUACUUAGCUUUUUUCAUUCAGAACCUGGGAAUGGUUUGUGGAAGCGCAAAGCUGAUGCUGCUUUCCAGAGUUGUAGGACGAUCAAAUCAUUUUUUGAGGAAACUCUUGUGGCAAUUCCCGACUACGUCAUGGAUUCACCUAUUGGAGAGCUGCCUCCUCCAGCCUCUGAAGAUCCAUUUGCUAAUAUACAUAGUAUGCUACCACCUCAAUACAAAACAAGCGAAGAAGAUGUUCUAUAUGCUUAAUUUGUAUACGUACGAAAGUUCAAACAUUCUAUGGCUAUAUUUUUCCAAGUCUACCCAAAUUCAUUGCAAUUUUGUAGCGUGGCCGGAUUUGGCUGGUGUAACAAUAUUGUAUUGUAGGCAUAUUAAUUGAUAACUGACAUUAAAGUGCUAAUACCUUCAGUAUCUUUCUUGA